CGUCUCAAAAUAAAUAAAUAAAUAAAAUAAAAAAUAAAAAACCAUGCCCUACCUAUUGGCACACGGUAAUUUUGCCCAAAGUUUUGGUUACGUACAUAAUUUAGAGGGGGGUAGAAAACCAGGUCCUUUCGGUCCCAAUACAGGAAAGACAUGAAUUGGAGUGUUUAUAAACUUUGGUGAGGAAGAGAAUUUUAAUUAGUACUGGUAACUUGUGGGUCCAUUGACAUACAGUAGAUUGUGAAGAAGAAACCCUCAAGGAUUACAAGGAAUAGUUUUAAUAUUACUAACUUUUAUCCUUUGCUGAACCCGGGUUUCUUAUUUGGAGUGGCAAUCACAAUUUGUAAGAGUUUGUAGAAAGGUGGAAAGAUGGUUGUAAUACAGGGGAGAUAUUUGCAUUUGUACACACUUGAGGGUACGCACAAGAAAUAACGACACUUGUAUUGGGGAUUACUUAAGCAAAAUGGAUGACAGCAACAGCCUUUCAGUACAAUAAAUAAUUGCUGUUCCUCUCAACUCCAGUCAUGGAGUGUAUAGUGCCCUGCUGGAUUUGGGACAGCAAGCCUUUUGAGUUCACAUUCGCCAUCCCAUUUCUUGUCUCCCAACGUUUGCUCAGCCUCAGAAGCGAGCGAGCCCCUUCCACAAUUUGGGGACACUGUGGAAGAGCUUCUUGCCUGGGGAGUUCUGCAGCGGCCGAAGGCACAAGAAGAUAAAAAUUGGUAUCUCGACACAGCUCUUACAGCAUAUUCUCGACACAAGGAAUACUAAUGCGCCGCAGCAAUUUUCUUCGGUGGAAAAAACUGAUUGUAUCGGAGUAAUUCUUUUUGUUCUGUAUUUUAUGAGGCUUUACGGCUGCAUUUCGGCCAAUUCAGUCUUUGUUCAGUUUCUAGCGGCUUAAAGGUUGCCCAGCUUUACGCCUUCUCGCUCAAAACGGACACUAAUUUUCUUUGAUAGCCCAGGUUUCACAAUGACUUCAUCUAAGCUUAUUACAUUCGCCUCACAAAUCGUUUGCCUUUUCCCAGCCUUAGCUCCGGGGAGCAUCCCACUGAAUCUCAAAGAAGGUCUGGAAAGACAAGGGACAGAGACGGCGAGUCGGCUAGAGUGUCUAGACCGUACUGUCACUCUAGUUUUUCUUUUGCUCUCGAUGGUUAGAAGCGCAGGUCUCUCUUCCGCCCGGAGAGAUUUAGGUUCCUGAAUGCUUACGCAAGACUCGGAGGUAGUUCCGGUUCCGGCCGGCGAUUUUUCGUUCCUGGUGUUCAGUUGUCGCGGUUGGUGGUCAGUAACUGCCAAGAUGCUGCGGAAUCUGCUGGCUCUUCGUCAGAUUGGGCAGAGGACAAUAAGCACUACUUCCCGCAUGCAUUUUAAAAAUAGAGUUGCAGAGAAACAAAAGCUGUUCCAGGAGGACGAUGGAAUUCCAGUGUAUCUAAAGGGUGGGAUAGUUGAUGUCAUCCUGUAUAGAGCCACUAUGAUUCUUACAGUUGGUGGAACAGCAUAUGCCAUAUAUCAACUGGCUGUGGCUUCAUUUCCCAAGAAGCAGGAUUGACUUCAGUCAUCACAGCAAUCAUUUGGUUCAGUUUCAUUCCGCUCUUUAUGACCAGUAAUCUGAUAAAUAACUGAGCCGUUCUUAGGGGAUCAAUAUUUAUUGACUCGUACUAACUGCCUCCAAUAAAGCAGUCCUUACCAUG